AUGGAGCGAUCGUUUGAUCGCAAGCUUGAACCAAUCGAAGACCGCUUAUAUCGAGUUGAAAUCCAAGGACAACGCGAAGCGACUCCGGAAGAUGCAAGGCGAGAACGAGAGCAACCAAUUGACAACUUUGAUGAAGGAGAAUCCGAAGGUGACCACUUGUCUGAACAAGGAAACCCUCAACGGUUCCAACGAAAUCGAGCUCCAAGGAAUCGAGAUCGUCCUGAUGACAAUCUCAAAAAUAUCAAGAUGACUAUUCCACCGUUUCAAGGAAAGAAUGAUCCCGAAUCUUAUUUGGAGUGGGAAAAGAAGAUGGAACUCGUCUUCGAGUGCCAUAACUAUUCAGAAAAUAAGAAGGUAAAGCUCACCGCCAUUGAAUUCUCAGAUUAUGCGAUCGUGUGGUGGGAUCAAUUGGUGACUAGCCGAAGGAGGAAUGGGGAGAGGCCUAUCUCUAUGUGGGCCGAAAUGAAGGCUGUCAUGCGCAAGCGUUUUGUUCCCUCCUACUACCAUCGGGAGUUGUACCAACGAUUGUAA